UCCUUGGAAGUUUAAGUGUAGACUAAUUGUGCUUUUUCAAGAAACACAGCUACGAGGCGUGCCGCUGUGUUUCUAGUCUCGUGAAAUAAUGUUUAGGAACGUCGUUUUAGCCAGUAGGUGUCGCGUUUUAGUUGCGCAGAGUCGCGCACGGCGCAUUCAUUCGGAGUCAAGUUCGUUGUAUGUCCACUGGCCGUAUUGCGAGAAGCGAUGCACCUACUGCAACUUCAACAAGUACGUCAGCCGAAACGUUGACCACGACUUGAUGAUCGAAUGCCUCGUACGGGAGUUGACGACAGCAUUGCGAGGCAGCAAAGUUUCUACGAUUACGACGGUGUUCUUCGGGGGAGGCACUCCGACUCUCAUGCGACCUGGUGAUGUGGAACGCGUCUUGCGAGCCGUUUCCCGGCUGACGGUGACGCCAAUUGAAGAGGUUACGAUGGAAUGCAACCCGAGCCCUUCAGCGAGAGACAGCCUCAGGGACUUCAAAGAGGCAGGGGUGACGCGACUCUCAAUUGGAAUGCAGAGCUUGUGCAGCGAUGUCGAGCUCGCGUCUCUGGGGCGGACACACACUGUGGAGGAGAGCAUGGAGUGUCUCGACCGAGCCGUGCACCUCUUUCCUGGCCAGGUGUCGGUCGAUGUCCUGUACGGCCGACCAGGGCAAACUCUUGACAGCUGGCUGCAAGAAGUGCAACAGGUGGUUCAGCUUGGCACAGCACAUGUGUCUCUGUACGAGCUUACCCUCGAAAGGGGCACUCAGCUGUUCAAGGAAGUCCAGGCAGGCUUACAGUCCCUGCCUAGCAGUGAGACAUGCUCCCAGAUGUACUUGGCAGCUGUUGAGGUCUUGGAGUUGCAAGGUGUUCUACGCUACGAGGUGUCCAACUUUGCACGCAAGGGCCAUGAGUGCAGGCACAACCAGGCGUGCUGGAGAGGGCUGCAGUAUCUGGGCAUAGGGCCAGGUGCACACAGCCGCGUGCUUGUAGGCGAAGGUCAGUGGGAGGCACGGGUGCAGACCCUGGAGCCCAAUCCGUGGAUUCACGAGGUUUCAACGCGAGGCCACGGGACACGCCUCACACGAUCGCUUACAAGGCAGGACCGCCUGGAAGAGCUGCUCAUGAUGGGACUGCGUACUGCUUGUGGAAUUAGAGACCAGGACUGGCGAGUUGUGUCCGGAGGCGUUGGCUUGGUCGACAACUUUGCAGGUUGUGCGGAAACUGCACGGCUGCUCGACGCUGGCUUGCUACUGCUUGAUGAAAGCUGCCUGCGUGCCACAAAAGCUGGGAUGAAUGUUGCGGACAGCCUGGUCUCCUCCAUGCUGCCGCAGCUGAGGGCGAGAACUAGCAGCUAGGCUGCCAAGGAGUUUCCUCCACGGGUCCAUGUCACGGUCUUCCCGGCCACACGUGUGCAAUGCACGUUUUGUUGCUGUGCUUGAACCGUUCGUACGCAACUCUGUAAGUCGGAGCAGCUGUUUUUGCAUUUUCUAAGGGCCCCCUGCAAGACCUCCAAGACUCGACAAAUGGCUUUGCAUGUGUGCGUUGGUCACACCUUGUGUUGGCUCUCCGGACACCGAGAUUCUUAGUAUAGUAACUAGCGUGCAUAAGCAGCACAGAUCACACAAAACUGCAAAAGGAGAAAAAUGCAUUUGAAGGUUCGAAACAUUUUUUUUUUUUACCAUAGAGUUGUCAGAAAUCCAUAAUCUUUAGCCAUAAUGUACAAGAGAACUUUGAGAAGCACUGCAAGUUAUUGAACUGUCCUGCAGCAUAGGUUCUGCCUUCAUGAUCCUUGCGAGCACACGCUUCGAGCCGUGCCUUUUCACUCUACGACGGUGAGCCAUUGCUUCUGCUGUCAAACGCCCGACAUCCUCUUGAUGCGCUUCGAAUCGCAGGAAUCGCUGAAAGCAACUAGGAUCUCUAGAUCGGAGUAUGUUCAGCUCUUUCAGAAUGUGCUCGAAACUAGCAUGACCCUUAUUAAACUCCAGGAUUGCGAUAGCUGCGGCAGUCUCGACAACUCUUCGGGAGACCAUUUUGGUCUUAGGGCAAAGUGGCCCUAUCCUUCUGAAACCCGAGACAUGACGUAUUAAAAACCAGCACUUUUUUUUAACUAAUUGAAUUUAUCAGCAUACAGAGAUAAUUCUGAUAUGAUUCUUUAUUUUCUAUGACGUUGCGUUGAAAAGUUAUCAGAUGUGCAAUAUAUUGCACACUGGGACUAAGUUGUCAAAAAAACCCGUGGGACACGAUGUCAUAGACACGCGCUUUUAUUG